AUGGACAUGGAGAAUAUCCGGAAGUGGGCAGCGACGGUUCCGAACGACGGUCUGCUUCGCUACUACCUGGCCGGGAACCUGGAGCGCGUCCUCGUCAUCGGCCCCCAGGCGCUCGAAGAGGUCUUGGUGUCCAAGGUGUACGCCUUCCCCAAGUCGGAGUCUCUGCGUAUAAAGCUGCAGCGCUUUACGGGAAAUGGCAUCUUACUCGCUGUGGGUGAGGAGCACAAGACUCAGCGCAGAGGGCUACUGCCGAGCUUUGCACAUCGCCAUAUCAAGGACCUCUACCCGACUUUCUGGGCAAAGGCGGUUGAGAUGGCAGACUCCAUAGAGGCCCAGCAGGCACAAUCUGCGGACGCCGACACGGUCACCAUCCAGGUGAGCGACUGGGCCGGCCGCGUCACGCUGGACCUGAUCGGACUCGCCGCCAUGGGACAGGACUUUGGCUCCAUUAGCGAUCCCACAACCGCGUUCCAUCAGGAGCAUAACAAGCUGCGCAUGCGCCCGACCACCGGGAUGCGUCUGCUCAUUCUCUCCGUCAUGCUCACGGUGGGCUACCCGGCUAUCUUUCAUCUGCCCACGCGGUGGAACCAUGAAAACAUGGUCGAUCAGAUGAUCGCCUUGCUCGUCGCCGGCCACGAGACCAUAGCAGCGGCGCUGCAGUGGGCCGUCUACGCGCUUGCAAAACACCCGGAUAUGCAGACGCGUCUGCGCGCUGAGGUGCGCGCCCGUGUGCCCAUGUCUAGCGGUGCUGCUGUCACCACUGCCAUGUGUGCGGACGAGGUCGACGCGCUACCUUAUCUACGUGCCUUUUGCAACGAGGUGUUGCGCUUCUAUCCACCCGUGCCUUCGACUGUUCGCCAGGCCCAGGCUGACACAACACUCGCGGGCAGUUUCAUACCCAAGGGCACCACGCUUCUGAUCUUGCCGGGCGUGACUAACCACGAACCAGAACUCUGGGGGCCGGAUGCCGCCGUCUUCUCUCCCGAGCGCUGGCUCGGCCCCGGACGCUCCAACAACGGUGGCGCCACCGGUCGCUAUGCCAAUCUCACCUUUCUCGCUGGGCCACGCAGCUGUAUUGGUCAGGUAUUUGCCCAGUCGGAACUACUGUGCCUCGUGGCCGUAUUAGUCGGCCGCUUCCAGAUCGAGCUACAGGAUCCAGACCGACCACUAGAGGUUCUUCAGUCUGUGUCAGCGGCGCCCAAGGAUGGCGUAAUGACCCGGCUAAGACGCCUCGAUGGGUGGACGUAG